AUGCCUUCUGCAAUAUCUGAACCUGUCGAAAUCGAUUACAACGAGUUUAUCUCCCCAGCGGCUAAGAACAGGGUGAGAAACCCACUCAAGACACUUCGACCUUAUGUUUCUCUUCCUGGGAUCAUCAGUUUCGGAGGUGGAAUGCCUCAUCCUUCCACCUGGCCAGUAAACGCUAUGACUGUUUCUGUUCCAUUCGCCGGACAAUCGGUGUUCGUACCUGGUUACAAUAGCCCGACACCCGACUCUCUCCUCCCUCUCGCACCUUAUAACCCACCAAGCAAGACUGACCCUGCUCCAAACUUAGUCAGCGAACUUCAAUAUGCCAACAUGCACGGAGCUCCUCAUUUGGUCUCUUGGCUCACUGAACACGCCAAACGAAUCCAUAAUCCCCCUUACGCAGGAUGGAGCGUUUCCACAACUGCAGGUAACACCGAUGGUGUAGAUGCUGUCAUUCGAACUGUCCUCAAAGCUGGCGAUAAUGCUUUAGUGGAAGAAUUCGCUUAUCCAGGUCUUUUGUCUGCACUUCAUUCAGCUGGUGUCAAGGCUACUGGUGUACCUAUGGAUGGAGAUGGGGUAUUGGAUUCUGCUAUAGAUGAAACUUUAGCGAAUUGGAAUGAAGGUACUCAAGGUCCUAGACCUAAGGUCUUUAUUCUAGUACCAACUUGUUCGAACCCUUCUGGAAUCACUGUACCGGAAUAUAGGAAGAAAGAUAUUUACGCUGUUUGUAGAAAAUGGAAUAUACUCAUUGUGGAGGAUGAUCCAUACUGUUUCCUUCAGAUCCGUCCUGAGGGAGCAUCAAAACCAAUCGUCCCAUCUUUCCUCUCUCUCGACAUUGACGGUCGUGUAAUCCGUGUAGAUUCUUUUUCUAAAAUCGUCUCACCCGGUUCUCGAUUAGGUUGGAUCACAGGUCCAAGUCAACUAGUACAACAAAUCAUGUUCAUGCGUGAAGGUUCUACUCAAUGUCCUUCAGGAUGGAGUGUUGCUGCUAUUUCCGCUGUUUUGAGAGCUUGGGGUGGACAUGAAGGAUUUGAACAAAAAUAUUUACCUCAUAUUUCUGACAUUUACGCAAAACGUUGUCUUCUAAUGGUAUCUCAAUUCGAAAAAUAUCUUCCUACCUCAAUUUGCGAAUGGCCUUCUGGAUCAGGAGGAAUGUUCCUUUGGCUACGAUUGAAAAUUCGUAAACAUCCGAAUUACUCAACUAAAUCUUUGGAAGAAAUCUCAGAUCAAAUAUUCAAAACUCUCAUAGAAGAGAAACUCAUCACUGCUCAAUCGUUUUUCUUUAAAGCUCCAGGUAAAGAAUGGAGUAAAGAAGAAGAAGCUGAAAGAGUAUUUUUAAGAUUAAGUUUUAGUUAUCCUUCAGAGGAAGAUAUUGAAGAAGGUGUGAAAAGGUUAGCUAAAGGUUUGAAGAAAGAGUGGGGGUUGUGA